AUGGAAGAACAAUACCUUCCUGAAUUCCACUGCCUCGGUCGAGGCUCUUGCGGAAGCGCCUGCGCAGAAUCAGAGCGCGGGUCGGCGUUCAAGAGAGAAGAUGGCUCGACGAGCCGAUCUUCGCAGAAUGACUUCGGCGUGCACCGGCGUGUACUUGAGAGCAUAAACCGACUGAUGGAAAUCAAGAAGACUAGAAUCUUACCUGCUAAGCGCGAUGGGUUUCCGCAGAUACAAGUCCCAGAAUGCCGCAAUUUUGUUCCACCACGUGAUCACUGGUGGACGGCUAAUGUCUCGAGGUUCAGGGCAGAUUACCAGCCUUGCAACGCUCUCGAGUCUCAGCGUAUCCCACCAUUCCCCGACGCGACAAGAGAUCUGCUGAUCCAGAACUACCGUACACCCGAGAAUAGGCAUCAGGCCAGCGCACACAAAGCUAACCACGACUGCCUGAUCAGACCAUACCUGGGCCGGAAGUAUUCGUUCCAUGUAGACCAGAUGGAAGACAUUGGCUUGUCGUCCCAUGAUAUCAGCUUCUAUGCCCGGACCUUGGCAGAGGCUUUGGCUACGCUGUACUGGAUUGGAAAGGUGUACGGGAAUGAUGUUGAAUUUGUCUUGGCGCCUCCGGAUGGACAGCAGCGGGAAGAUACCAUGUCGAAUAUCCUGGACAUGGGAAUGGACGAAGAGGGCGUGCGGAAGGCUGUUCGGGCGUAUUGA